AUGGGAAAGGUAGGCGCUGCGCUGAUCGUCGCAGUCGCGGCGUACUUCUCCUACUCGAUCUUCACGAUCUACCGCGAGACUCAGCCGCCGGUCUACUCUCCCGACGACCAGAAAAACCAAGAAAAUCGAGAACCCGACAUCAGCACAAAUAUGUAUCCACCCCACCUCCUCCUCACUUUCAACUUCUUCCUGGCGAACGUGCCAAACCUGCCGUCGCUCCGCACUCUCCUCGCGAAAAAAAAUGACGCACAAUUUGUUCACCUCGGGAGCGUCGAGAGGCGGCCGUACAACUGGGAAGGCGAAGCGGCGCUGCGCGUCGAGGAGCAGAAGUCGUGGAGCUUCGCGGAGCGACUCAAAGACGCUUUGAACUUCUCGGGAAAGGAAAAAUCUGAACUCGAAAUCACCAUUCCUGAGCAGUUUCGACACAACAGGACGCUCUUCUUUCAUGUGCGCGCGCAAGACGCGGGAUCAGGCGAUGAGUUGCCGAUGCAGGUGGUGCAGCGACUCUCCUCUCCCGUCGUUCCAGAUCACUUGAAGACGCUGAAGCGGUACCUGCUCGAGGAUCCUUGGGGCGACAAGCUCGCGGAGGCCACGAAGCAUCUGCAAGUCCCCCCGCCGCCCGUCGAGUCUGUGCCAGAGUAUAUCCAGGUUGGCCCCAUUAUUGAGCAUCGACCUCUGUUGACGGGCGCACUCGAGCGCACCUUCGGCCGGCAGUCCAACAUCCUCAUUUCCUCGCAUCGGAAGUAUCACCUCCCGAUUCAUCUCAACACCUUCAUUUCGCCCGAGGACGAGUACCUGCCGCUCGUCUCGCUGCCGCACGAAAAGUUCGUCCUCCUCUCCGAUGAGAAAACGCGAUCGGUUGCCAAGACUCCGCUGAAAAUCAAAUACAAACCCGCAGGCUAUGCGUCUUGGCUUUUCUUGUUGAUCAUGACGCAAGCGAUGAGUAGCCUCCAGAACAUGAAGUUUUCAGCCUAUGAUGUGAACUCGAUGAAGAUGAUGGUCGGGAGCUCGUCGCCGUGGGUGCUGUUCUUCGUCUACCUCAUUUCCCUGCUGCACCUGAUCUUCGAGGUCUUGGCGCUCUACUCGGACGUGAAAUUCUGGAGGGCACAAGAGAACCUCGCGCAGAACUUUUCUGCGAGCGGGUUGCUCAUCGAGAUGGCGCUGGAGGUCAUCACGAUUCUCUACGUGCGCGACAACGGAGACUCGUUCCUCGUCCAGAUUUUCAUUGUCCUUCGUCUCCUGCUCAACGUCUGGAAGCUGAAGAAACUGGUCGUCUUCACCAUUAGUUCUUCGCCUCCGUACUUCUUCAAAAUUCGCGGGCAGUCUGCAGCUCCGUCCUCCUCCAAGGUGGCGAGUGCGGAGGCAGGGAAGGAGGCAAAAGAGGGAAAGGAGAAGAAAGAGGAGGGAGACAAGAAGAAGGCGCCCGCAAUCGACUACGAAGAACUUCAGCGCUUCGAGAACGCCUGCAUGCGUUACCUCUUCUUGCUAUUCUUGCCUCUGAUCCUCGGCAUCUCCAUCUACCAACUCGUCUACGUUCCGCAGAAGGGCUGGUGGUCAUGGUUCGUUACCUCGUUGGCGACGUGCGGCUACACGUUCGGCUUCGUCUCGAUGACUCCCCAGCUCUUCAGAAACUACAAACUUCAGUCGGUGACGCACAUGCCUUGGCGCGUCCUCGGCUACCAGUUCACAAACACCUUCAUCGACGACGUUUUCUCGUGCUUCAUUCGCAUGCCGAAAAUGCACAGGAUGAGCGUCUUCCGCGACGACGUGGUGUUCGUUGUGUUCCUUAUCCAGCGGUAUCUUUAUCGCCACAACAAACCGAGGGAGGAAGACGAGGACGAUCCUGUUGAAGACAAGAAAACGAAAUAA